GUAAAAUCGCUUCUAUUUGAGAUCGGUCGGAGAGAGACAGUGUAUAGCUUCCUUGGACAUGAUGAGCAGGUCUGGAGCUUUUGUGAGUUAAAGAGGAAGAACGCAGUACUACAACGAAUUGAUUGAGGUCCUAUUAUUUGUUAUGAUCUGGUUUGGAUUCAAUUUGAUUAUGAUCUGUAUUGUUAUGGAUUUUGAGGCAAUGGAAGAGUAUUGGGGAAUGAAGUGAUAUAUUUCAGGAACAAGGCUCUCAUGGUUGAGCCAACAAGGCAACAAGGCAUCAAUUUGCAGAACUGCUCAUGUUGUUAUCUUCACUUGCAAAUACCCCAUUUCCUCUGCCCUCAUCUGAAAUUGUCCCUUUUCUAGUUGGCAUUCUAGAGUCAGAUUCGAGCAAUGUCGAAACCAAACAGUGGGGUGCACUUCACAACCUAUCCACCAUGUUGGACAAUGCAGGAGAUUUAGAUUCCAAUGGCGUAGUGGACACACUUUUGAAAUUGUCCUCCGAUAAAGAAAUCUCUGAGAACGCUCUUGCAACAUUGGGGAACUUGGUUGUGACCUUAAUGGGGAAGAAGGCUAUGGAAGAAUCUUUUGUGCUUUUUCAAGCAGAGCGGAAAAAAAGAACCUGAUGAGAUGAGUCACCUAUAUGAGGAUGAAGAGGAUUACGAACAAAAUGGAUAUGACGAUAGUGAGACACAAGAUGUUGGUGGCGACUUUAAUAUUCAACAAGACGACGACAGCGAGACACAAGAUGUUGGUGGCAUGUUUCAUCAGCAAGAUGACAUCAAUGUUUCGUCAGAGGCGACUGGGGGAAUAAAGAAGCACCGUGGUCCAAACCAGAAGAAUUGGGCAAUGGAGGGUCGGGAAAAGCUCUUGUGGAAUCGUUUUGGACUUCCUAAGGGUCCACGAUUGAAGGUGGCAAGAUUCUCAAGAUUCUUGGGUAUUUUGGCAAAAGACUUUACACUUUUUCCAAUUAGUACACCUGACUACCGGAAUUUCAAUGCUAGUGACAAUCUUGAAAGGGCUUGGAAUCGUGUUAAGGAAACUAUUGAUUGGUCUAAUCCUUGGGUUGCAAGUUUGGAAGGUAAAAUCAAGAAAAGGGUGAAGAGCAAGUUAAAUGAACGGUGGAAGCAAUGGAAGUCUGAGUUGCGCAAAAAAUGGUAUAAACCAUUCAUGAACACACCACGUAGGUUUCAAAAGCCUAAUGAUGAUCGUGUAAAUGAGCGUCAAUGGAAAAUUUCUGUUGCAAACAUGGACAAGAAGAAGCAUCAGAGAAUAGCAAGCAUCAACAAAAGAAAUCGGUCUCAAAAGAAGAUGAACCAAUCAACAGGGACUCGAACAUAUGCAAAUGUCGCUCAUGAAUAUGAAAUUUCCCAUGGUAAAGAGCCAGAUAGGUGGGAGUUAUUUAAAUUAACUCAUCAAAGGAAAGGGUCCCAAGAACCAAUCGAUGCAGCAUCUGCAAAGGCAAUUGCGGAUUUUGAAGAGGCUGAACAAAAGAGGCUAAGCAUGAAUGUUGACAUCACUGCUCCAGAAAUCCGUGAAGAAAUGUAUGCUGAAGUUCUUGGUAAGGAGAAGGGGAACAGAGUGAGAGGUGUUGGAGCAGGGGUUACUUGGGAUGAAGUCCCUGGAAUCCAUGUUGAAGAGCGAGGAGUAUCAAGAGAAGUGAAACAGUUGCGAGAGCAAUUGGAAGAGCAAGCGAAAAAGGCACAAGAGAGAGAAGCACACAUGAUGGAGGAACUACAAAGCAAAAUGGCUGACCAAACAAAACGGAUGGAACAAUUGCUUGAAGUAAGAUGCGUAGAGAUGGCACUCCAAAAAAUGGGAGAGAUGUUUAAACAAUGCGGAAUAUCAGUGGAUACACAAGAAGAUGUCAUGCAAACAAUGUCUCAGUUUGCUCGUGACACGUCUCAAAGGCCGUCGACUGUUGUUUUUUCACCAGAUGAUGAUGUCUACCGUCCUACAAUGCCAUUUGAUUGCCCCAAUAUGCAAAUUGAUUAAUCAAGAAUCAUGCCCCUAUCAGCCAUUAUGCAACAAGAACGGGAGCUAAUCUUGUGGAGAUGGUGGUCAUUGCUUCAAGACUAUUAGGAUUUCAAUUCAAUGUCAUGUUAGGAUUUCAAUUCGGUACUAGAUUAGGAUUUGAAUUUGGCAUUUAUUUCAAAUUAUGUAGACCUUAUAAAUAACAAAACUAUUUAUGUAC